AAGUUUGCUCCAAUGUUGUUUCACAGGUCGUCAUGGCUGAAUCCAGUGCUUUGACGUGCGAAGAAAAGCAAAAUGAAAACGUGCCUGUUUACGAGUUUGUGGAUGUAAACUCUAAGGAGUUUCAUAUCGGCGCAUUUCGAGAUUUGUGGCUGGAUGUGUUGUCUCCGGAGGUGUAUUCAUACGCGGACACGGCUCCUGAGAUAGAGGACGUGGAGUUCAUCGAAGAGAUGGGGAUCGAGCCAAAGACCCUGGAGGAACUCAAAACAAUCUGCAGUGUUGAUUCUCUGAGAAGUCGACACGAAGACACAGACAACGUACCAUCAGAUCUUCAUUUAUCCACUUUAAAAUUACGCAAGAGAAGACAAGACUAUAAAGAAACUCUCACCAGAGACACUGCUGACAGACAUGAAGUCUACGCCAAUGAAAUGGAGAUGAUGUCUGUGGGUAAGAAGCCUGAUAAUCUCAGAGACCUGAUUCCCGAGGGAGAAAUCAUAUUGACCUUUAAUAUUAUGUAUCCCGUUCUGUUUCAGCGGUUUAAGUUCGUGAGGGCGUAUCAGACCCUGCAUGUGUUGGGCUCACAAAAGCUGAGCGAUCUGAGAGAUGCCAUCUGCUGCGUCAGUGACCUGCAGGUGUUUGGAGAGUUCAGCAACACUCCCGAUAUGGUACCACAGUUCAUCAGCAAGGAUCAUUACAAGUCUGCUUUCUUCUUCUUCAAUGGAACGUUCUUUAAUGACACACGGUUCCCGGAAUGCCAAGACAUCAGCAAGACAACACGGGAGUGGACCAGAACCAGAGACUUCCCAGAAUUCAAGACUGCAAAGAUGGAGGACACGUCUUUCUAUGACCUGAAGAUGAAAGUCGGGUUUCCAUAUUUAUACACUCACCAGGGUGAUUGUGAGCAUGUUAUUAUCCUCACUGAUGUCAGACUUGUCCAUCAGGAUGACUGUUUGGACAUGAAGCUCUACCCACUCAUCACUCAUAAGCAUAGAGUCGUGACUCGGAAGUGUUCUGUGUGUCAUCUGUAUAUCAGCAGAUGGAUAACAACCAGUGAUGCUUUUGCCCCUACGGACCCCUGCCUGUUUUGUGACCAGUGCUUUCGGAUGUUUCAUUAUGAUGAUAAAGGGAGAAAACUAGGAGAUUUCCUGGCCUAUGCCUACGUUGAUCCAGGCACAUUUAAUUGAUCUUAAGCUUUAGAUGCAAUACUAUGAUAUAGUUUCUACAUGUAUAUUAAAAACAAAUGUUUAUUCAUGGUUAAGAGUGUCAACAAUUGAUAUUAAAAGCUAUGUACUCAGGAAUUAAAUUAUAAAUUGGAUGCUUAACCAAAUUCUCAUCACUAAAGUAAGAUGUGUUCAGUUUAAUUUUGCAGUAGCUCCGCUAUUAUUUAAGGGUCAAUUAAUGUACUUUAUUAGGGCACAAUAC